UGUGUGAGAGAGAGUCUAUAGAAUGUUAAAGAUGAUGAAGAUGAUGUUGAACUCCUCACAGGUGUCACAUUUCACUCUGGAUGCUUAUUUAGACCCUGGUCUGUUUAAAUAUGUGAUCUUCCUGACUGUGCUGUGUUUCUAUGUGUUUAUUAUCGUCGCUAACGUGUUGCUGAUUGUAGUUAUCUGUAUGAACAGAAGUCUCCAUGAGCCUAUGUACCUGUUUCUGUGCAGCCUGUUUGUGAAUGAACUGUACGGCAGCACAGGCUUGUUUCCAUUGCUGCUGCUUCACAUUCUCUCCGACGUUCACUCGGUCUCCGCCCCCUUUUGCUUCCUGCAAAACGUUUGCUUGUACUCGUACGGUGGCGGCGAGUACCUGAUCUUGGCCAUCAUGUCGUACGACCGCUACCUCGCCAUCUGUCGCCCCCUGCAGUACAGCACACACAUGACGGGGAACAGAAUCGCUGCGCUCAUCGCCUUCGCGUGGUUAUGUCCCCUGCUGCUGUGUGUGGUGAUGACGUCGCUCAGCGCGACUCUGCGGCUGUGCGGAAACGUCAUCAACAAGGUUUACUGCGACAACUACUCCAUCGUGAAGCUGUCGUGCGGCGCCACGACGGUCAACAACAUCUACGGCCUCUUCAUCACGUGCUGCUCCAUCUUCCUGCCCCUGGCGCUGAUCUUCGUCUCGUACGCGAAGAUCCUGAGGAUCUGUUUCUCGGGUUGUAAGCAGACGAGGCAGAAGGCAGUCAGCACGUGCUCGCCUCACCUGGCCUCCCUGCUCAACUUCUCCUGUGGGGCCUUUUUUGAGAUCAUGCAGAGCAGGUUUAAUAUGAAUAACAUUCCCAACAUGAUGAGGAUAUUUUUAUCUCUGUACUGGCUCACUUGUCAGCCGCUGUUAAAUCCUCUGGUUUAUGGCCUCAACUUGUCCAAAAUGAGAGUCAUCUGUAAAAGUCUCAUCUCUGCUGAAAUGUAACUCACAAACACACACACACACACAUAUUGUUGUUUGUCAAUACAUUU